UUCAUUGAUUUCUAGACGUCAAAUUUGUUUUCAAAAUGAAAUUAAAGUUGUUUAUUAUUUGUUGUGUGCUCCAAUCAAUAUUCGGGUUUAAUCUGUCCGAUUCAAUAGAAUAUCCACCACAGCUUCCAUUUUCGCGCAUAGUCGGUGGCAAAAAUGCAGAAGAAGGUGCUGCAAAAUAUCAAUGUUCCAUACAAUUAUUUGGACAACAUAUGUGUGGAUGUGCGAUAAUAUCACCUGAAUGGAUUCUUUCUGCCGGUCACUGUGCCAUCGGAGUACCGUUUCUUUUCCGAGUUUUGGUGGGAACAAACAACUUGCGAUGCGGUGGUAAACGGUAUGGGAUUCAGGAGAUUAUUAGGCAUGAAGAAUAUAACAAACCGAAAUUUGCAAAUGAUAUUGCAAUUUUUCGGAUAAAAGGAUCUAUUGAAUUCAAUGAAAAAGUUCAGCCGAUUGAACUACGGGAAGAUGAAGUACCAGACAAUGGUCAAGUUACGUUGACGGGUUGGGGUGCUGUGAGGACUGGUGGACUGUCCGCACAACAUUUACAAAUCAUUACCUUGAAUGCCGUGUCCACAGAAAGAUGUCGAAAAAUUUACAAAAGUGAAAAUGUUGACGUUCACAACAGUCACAUUUGUACUUUAACGAAAACCGGCGAAGGUGCUUGUAAUGGAGAUUCUGGGGGACCUCUCGUCUAUGACAGUAAACUUGUGGGAAUUGUAAAUUGGGGUGUUCCGUGCGCUCAAGGCUAUCCAGACGCGUAUGCAAAGAUUUCCUAUCUAUAUAACUGGAUUCAAAAUCAAUCACUGCGUUCACUUUUGUAUCCACCGCAAGGGAUAUCAUCACGUAUUGUCGGUGGAGAAGAUGCGGAAGAUGGUGCAGCGCCAUUUCAAUGUUCAUUGCAGUCGUCCAAAAGACAUUUCUGUGGAUGUGCAAUUGUGUCAAAAAAUUGGAUUGUGACAGCGUCUCACUGCGUAAUUGGACAAUCAUCAAGAACCCUUGAGGUCUUGGUUGGAACUAAUGAUUUGAAAAAUGGUGGAAUAUACUACAAAGUGGCCAGAUACUUUGCACACGAACAGUAUGAUUCCCCCGCAUUUGCUAACGACAUCGCUCUUAUCAAAGUUAAAGAUGAAAUUGAAUUCACUGAAAAGGUGAAGCCAAUCGAAUUGUCGAAGGAUGAAGUGCCAGAUGGUGCUGAGCUCACCUUGACAGGCUGGGGCCGAUUAAGUGCGGGCGGUGCAUUACCACAACUUCUUCAAGUCAUUCAAUUGAAUGCGGUUCAAACAGAACGAUGCAGAGACAUUUUUGGUGGCCGCAAUGUUCACGACAGUCACAUCUGUUCAUUUACGAAACGCGGCGAGGGAGCUUGUAAUGGAGAUUCUGGGGGACCUCUCGUGUACCAAAACAAACUAAUCGGUGUAGUAAAUUGGGGUGUACCGUGUGCUUUGGGCUAUCCGGAUGCCUAUGCAAAAGUUUCGUACUUGUACGACUGGGUUGAAAAUACAACCGCUUCAAACUGAAAAUACGUGGUUAUGCUGUGACUUUUUCUUUCAGAACAAAUGGACAUGAAAUUCGUGUAAAAAAAUCUAAAUAAAACAUUUUUUAGCUAGUUCAAUCAAA